GUGUAGUCGUGAGCCUCGUCGCGGUGUUGAUGCGCCUCGCAGCUGAUGGGAGGGAGCAGCCCGCAGUCAGAAGACAGGAUCCAUGGCAACAAUCAUGGCAGAAGCAGAGACCCGUCAGAAGCUGCUGCGCACCGUCAAGAAGGAGGUGAAGCAGAUUAUGGAGGAAGCUGUCACCAGGAAAUUUGUUCACGAAGACAGCAGCCAUAUUGUGUCCUUUUGUGCUGCAGUGGAGGCCUGUGUUCUGCACGGGCUGAGACGACGAGCAGCGGGCUUUCUGCGUAGCAACAAGAUAGCGGCACUCUUCAUGAAGGUGGGAAAGAGCUUUGCCCCUGCCGAGGAGCUGUGCAGGAAGGCCCAGGAGCUGGAGCAGAUCAUCGAGACAAAACGGAGUCAGAGCUUGCAGAGUCAGGACAGCCUUCGCAAGAUGCCCCGACUGCCCAGCCUCACCCCACAGGGAGGGAAGAACCUGUGGAUCCGGACAGCGUUGUUUGAAAAGGUGCUGGACAAGAUUGUCCUCUACCUGGUGGAAAACAGCAGUAAAUACUACGAGAAAGAGGCCGUUCUGAUGGACCCUGUAGAUGGACCUAUCCUCGCCUCUUUGUUAGUUGGACCUUGUGCCCUGGAGUACACCAAGAUGAAGACAGCGGACCACUUCUGGACUGACCCGUCUGCUGACGAGUUGGUGCAAAGACAUCGCAUCCACGGUGGCCACUGCAGGCAGGAUUCUCCCACCAAGAGGCCUGCACUGUGUAUCCAGAAGCGUCACUCCAGCAGCAGCAUGGAUGAACGGCCUUCCCCCUCACCAUCGGCUCGUGAAUAUGUGGAGUCACUGCAUCAGAACAGCAGGGCGACCCUUCUGUUUGGCAAAAACAAUGUGCUCGUACAACCGAGGGAUGACAUGGAGGCCAUCCCAGGUUACCUCUCUCUGCACCAGACUGCUGAUGUCAUGACACUGAAGUGGACGCCCAAUCAGCUCAUGAACGGCUCUGUUGGAGACUUGGACUACGAGUGCAGUGUAUACUGGGACUAUGCCAUGACAAUACCUCUGGGGGAGAUAGUUUACCUGCACUGUCAUCAACAAGUGGACAGUGGGGGGACGGUGGUGCUGGUCAGUCAGGAUGGAAUCCAGAGACCCCCACUUCGCUUCCCCAGGGGAGGCCACUUGCUCCAGUUCCUCUCCUGCCUGGAGAACGGCCUUCUUCCCCACGGCCAGCUGGACCCUCCACUCUGGUCCCAGAGGGGAAAGGGAAAGGUGUUUCCCAAGCUGCGGAAUAGGGUUCCUCAGGGAUCUGGUUCCUCUGACUCCGUUUCAGAUAAGGAGGAGGACGAGGCCACAGAUUAUGUCUUCCACAUCCUCUUUCCAAACAGCCAGUCGGAGUUUGUGAGUGGACAGUCCCCCUCCAAAGCAGGGACCCUGGUUGUACCCAAGAGUUCCUGCAGCUGUCUUGAAGAACCCCCCUCAAUCACAGGAAACAGCUUGAUUCCUCCAGACUUGAUGGAUCAGGGAGCGACGAUGUGGCAUCCCACUCUCAGGAAGACCUCGUGUUCCUCCUGUUCUCAGGGGAGCUUCUCUGACGGAGCGACACCCAAGGGAUGUAACCAAGAGAGGGCUCCUCUGAAGCUGCUGUGCGACAGUAUGAAGUAUCAGAUCAUCUCUCGGGCAUUUUAUGGCUGGUUGGCAUACUGCCGCCACCUGUCCACCGUGCGCACACAUCUCUCUGCCCUCGUCAAUCACACAAUCGUGGCGCCCGGCGUGCCGUCUGAUGCCUACAAAGGGCUGACCCCAGAAGUGUGGCAGACGUUCCUUCAGGACUGCACAGCCUACAAGGAGCAGGAGCUUCUUCGUCUGGUCUACUUUGGUGGUGUGGAACCCUCGCUGCGUAAAGAGGUGUGGCCUUUCCUGCUGGGUCAUUACCAGUUUGGAAUGUCAGAAGCUCAGAGGAAGGAGGUGGAUGAACGGGUCCGAGUGUGCUACCAACAGACCAUGCGCGAGUGGCUUGGCUGUGAGGAGAUUGUCCGCCAGCGCGAGAAGGAGCAACACGCUGCAGCUUUGGCAAAGUGCUCCUCUGGAGCGAGCAUGGACGGUUCCAGUCUGAAGAUGAUCCAUCGCGACUCUACUGUGAGCAAUGAGUCCUCCCAGAGCUCAGAGAGGCAGAGUCUGGCUCUCCUGCAGAGCGACUCCAGCAGCAGCACACAGUUCUUCACAUCCUCCCACCCCUUCCCCUGGAGUAGCCUGCUUCCCUUUGGCUUGUUCUUUCAGGUGUUCGAGUCCAUAGAGGAGGUGGACCAGAUUGAGAUGGAGCCCAAGACAGAAGAGGCCAAGCAGGUGCCAAAGAUGCCCAAUGGAGCGCUGCAGAACGGGACUUGCUCUCCUGAUUCUGGACAUCCCUCCUCCCGCAACUUCUCGGUCACCUCUGGCCUGUCGGACGGCUCGCUCAGCACAGAGGACACCGUCGCACCUGAUACAACCCUGAGAUCUGCAGCCGUCCUCUCUGUCAAACCUGCAGGGGGAGAGAGUGAAGGUCUAACAGAGGAAAUGCACAGCCAAGAGAAAGUGGAAGUGAAGGGCAAAGAGGAGGAAAACACACCUGGUGUGACCAAAGCUGCAGAAAAUACCAAGACUGAGGUCGUAGAUGAUGACAUGAUUCAACCGUUGGAAGAGGAGCAGGUGAUGGCAAACAAAGAGGAAUGUUUGCAAUCUGCUACCCAGGAAAAUGUUGAGGAGUCAGACGCUACCAAAACAGGGGGAACCAAGUUUGAAGAUAAAGGCCCAGAUACAGACAUUAAACAAAUUAAAUCUUUAGAGUCAGGAGAAACCGAAAUAGGUAUGUCAGCAGCUGCAGAAUCCAAGGGAGAACUUGUGGAACAAAAUGUCAUAAAGGAGGAAGAAGUGAGACUCGAGGAAACAUUAAAGCUUGAAGAGAAGAAUUUGGAAAAGAUGAAGGAAACAGACAAACUUUUUUUGACAGAGGAGAAAGAAAAAACAAUCAGACAUCCCGUUGCCUCUGAAGUGGAAAAGAACCUCCUUUUCUCUGCAGACGCCGGGGUGUCAAGAGCAAGAGAGGCCUGCUGCGCCUCUCAGAAAGAGGAGGCUCAGGCCAUGACCGACAUGACCGAAUCUGAUGAGUCUCCCUCGGCCAUAGAGAUGGAGGAGAUCCCCAAAGCCAAAGUUUCCAUGGUGCCUUGGAGCAGGAAGGGACGAUGUGAACCCGCGUCUUCCUUUGAGGAGCCGGGCAAGCCCAGUCCAGAGGGCACCGAGUCCAUCCUGUCUGAGGAGCCGGAGAUGGAGUGCCUGUACCCUCACUUUGAUUCCCUGGCCCGCUCUGGAGACACCAAGAAUGGAGCGACUUCUGGAGAAUCUGCUGGGAGCACUUUCUCUCAAGAGCUUUUGGAUCUGUACACGUUAAAUCUGCACCGCAUUGAGAAGGACGUCCAACGUUGUGACAGGAACUACUGGUACUUCAGUCCUGCCAACCUGGAGAAACUGCGCAACAUUAUGUGCAGCUAUAUCUGGAGGCACCUCGACAUCGGCUACGUACAGGGCAUGUGUGAUCUGCUGGCUCCACUUCUAGUCAUUCUGGACGAUGAGGCCAUGGCCUUCAGCUGUUUCACUGAGCUCAUGAAGAGAAUGAAUCAAAACUUUCCACAUGGAGGAGCUAUGGACACUCACUUUGCCAACAUGCGCUCUCUAAUCCAGAUCCUGGAUUCUGAGCUGUUUGAGCUAAUGCACCAAAACGGAGACUACACCCACUUCUACUUCUGCUACCGCUGGUUUCUCCUGGACUUCAAGAGAGAGCUGGUGUAUGAGGACGUGUUUGCAGUCUGGGAAACCAUAUGGGCCGCCAAGUAUGUCUCCUCUAGUCACUUUGUCCUCUUUAUUGCCCUGGCACUGGUGGAGAUCUACAGGGACAUCAUCCUGGAGAACAACAUGGACUUCACUGAUAUCAUUAAGUUCUUCAAUGAAAUGGCCGAGCACCACAACAUCAAGCAGAUUUUGCCCCUGGCCAGAGAUCUGGUGUGCAAGGUGCAGAUGCUGAUUGAAAACAAGUGAUUGUGCUGUUCUUCUUCUUUUCUACCCAAGUCAAGUAUGAACGGCUGUAGCAGCACAAGAGUAAAAAACACACGCUCUGACAGACAUACAUACACACUACACAAAGCCUUUACAAUCACAGUUUGCUGCUAUGAGCCUCAUUUACUGUAUCCACUAUGUUAUUUGUGUUGUCAACAGUGGUAUGAGAAUAUUACGCUUAAUAUUUGUCAGUAUGUUCAACUGAAAACAAAUGUAACAGAAAAUCUCUUACAUUUCGAAAUAUUUUCAUCAGACAUCCCGUAAUGUUAACCUCAGUCAGAGUGCACUUAAUAUUUUGUGAUAGAGAGAAAAAGAUAAAGAGAUCAAGAGAGUUGCACAUUUCAAACCAAAAUGCAGAUCUGAAUUCAUCCAGAGACUAUAUUUAAGAGAAAAUAUGAUGUGAUAAUAGUUUAUAUUAAUUAUUUUAACAAUAAAAGUCUAGAAGUUUACAUUUUAGAUAUAUCAGUAAGUUAUCCCCCUAUUCCUAUCCCCUAAUGAAGGAAAGAAUGUAAGCAGGAUUGUGUUUUUAUUCAAGUAGAACACCAUCAAAUCAAAUUACUUUUCACCCAUGACCCUAACUCCAGUUAUGUUUAAAACACAUCGCUAAGAAUGUUUUAGCUUUGACCACCAGUGAUUAAACAUCCAACAGUGUUUCCGAUGUUCGUGAACUGCCUUGUCUACCAAAUAGUAUGUCUUUCUUUGUUAUGUGUGAAUUGUACUGUACUAAGAAAAAAAACGUAUUAGAUUGUUGUUGAAUUAUGAGGAUUAUAUUAUGUUAACAGUUGUUGAAUCAUAACCUUAUAAUCUAAGUGACUUAUGGAUAUCUGGGCAGAGAUUUAUAUAAAGAACCAAGUCUGAUUUGAUAGUCCUUUUAAUUAUUUUAUCCAGUGAACCACUGUAUUUAUAAUCUGUUAAUUGUGCUCACCUUGAUUUCUUUUUUGUCUUGUACUGUCUGGCACCUGUUAGUUAAAUCAAAUGUUAAUUUCACCUUGAAUAUGACAAUUAAUAAGGAAGAUCCGAUGUGGCAGUGAUAUAUUUGGUCACAGGGAUCAAAUGAAACGUUUUCUCGUUUCCAGGGGUUAUUUGGGUUCUUCAGUGUGAGAGAGACUUAACCAGACAUAAAAAUUAAAUGUUAAGUAACAGAUUUUCAAAAAGAAACUAAUAUUUUUGGCAGAUUUGGGAGUUUAAGGCCUUAAAAAAAUAUGCUUUUAACCCCUUAAAGUAAUACUAAUAUUGGAUUCAGUUACUGACAUUCACACUCGUGAUUCAUUAAAACGUAAUGCCGUUGUUCUUCGAGUGUUGAAUGUGGUAAGAUGAAUUGCAUUUAAUGAUACUUUUUAUUUUGUUUUGUGAACGCCAACUGCUGUAGGACAAGCCUAUUUGAAUUCAUUGUAACUUGUUUACCAAAGUAUUUAUUCAUUUAUUUAUUUAUUUAUUUAUACAUUCAUUACCCCCCCCCCUCCAGAUGCUGCCUUGUUUGUAGCUACAUUUUUUUUUUUAAUGGUCAGUUCAACAUAUGUAU